AUGUUUAUUUUGGUAUCCAUUAUAACUCUUAUUACGGCCGCAAUUGCUGCUGCCACACCUACAUCCACGCAUUCGCCGUUCCUCUUGCCUGUCCCUUCAGGCCCCUAUAAUGUCCGGCAAGAGAUCCAAGAACUUACAGAUUCCUCGAGAAGGGAUUAUAACUCGACUGGUCCACGAAGACUGAUUAUUUCUCGCUUUGAUCCCAUCCCUAAACAUCACUGCAUUAAAACUGAGGACGUCCCUACUUUCCCACCAGCUUCUGCUAAAAUCGAGGACGACGUCCUGCAGAGGGACUAUAAAUUCGGAGACCUAUGGAUAAGAGGCCUCUUUGCAGCAUCGCGGCUCAAGGUAUGCAGCAAAGUUAGGAGCGCAUAUGCCUCCAACCUCGAGGAACAAAAGAGCAACCAUGGCUUCCCUUUGCUUCUCUUUUCUCCCGGCUUCUAUACGACACGGCUGCUCUAUUCGUCCAUGGCUCAGAAUAUCGCCAGUAUGGGGUACACCGUCAUUACCAUGGACCACCCACAUGAUACAGAUGUUGUGGAAUUUCUCAACGGUGAUAUCAUCCUGGGCGAAAGCACAUUUCCCGACCCGCUGCCUCUCUGGCAAGACUUUCGAGUCAAAGAUACCAUCUUCGUGCUUGACGAGGCUAUGAAGAGAUCCCCCAAUGCCCGCGUGGGUAUGCUGGGCCACUCCUUUGGUGGCUCUACACUCCUCUCAGCCAUGGUCAAAGACGGGCGUAUUGGUACCGGAGUCAACUUUGACGGCACUCUGUUCGGUUCUGCACUUGAUAUAGGACUCGGAGGGAAGAACCGGCACUUCCUGCAAUUCGGUGCACGCGCUCAUAACAGACUGGAUAAUGAGCCUUCAUGGAAGAAGCUAUGGGAGACAAUGGAUCGCCUCCAUCCGGACGUCUGGAAGAAAGAGAUUAAUCUCUGGGAAGGACGGCAUAAUUCAUUCACUGAUUUCUCAGUAAUGAUUGAUGCUGCUGGUGUUAGAGACGAUCUUGAUUUUGGUGUCAGCUACAACCUGACGGGGAAUAUCAAGAGCUCGAGGGUAUCGGGGCUGGUCACGGCAUAUGUUCACGACUUCUUCCAGUUUGCGUUAUCGUCUAGCAAGGAUGAAGGUCUUCUCAGGGGACAAAACCCGAGAAUUCCAGAGAUCGGUUUCAUCACAGGUGAAAAUGAGAUGUAG